AUGCAUCUGACUGUAUUUUUACUUAGGGGUAUUGUGGGUUUCCUCUGGAGCUGCUGGGUUCUAGUGGGUUCUGCGAAAGGAAGUUUGGGAGACAAUCAUGUUCACUCCAGUUUUAUUUAUAGAAGACUACGGAACCACGAACGACGGGAAAUACAGAGGGAAAUUCUCUCUAUCUUGGGUUUGCCUCACAGACCCAGACCAUUUUCACCUGGAAAACAAGCUUCCUCUGCACCUCUCUUUAUGCUGGACCUGUACAACGCCAUGGCCAGUGAGGAGAACCCCGAGGAGCUGGAGUACUCCGUGACGGCGCCCCUGGCUGCAGACUCCCGGGGAUCCAGGAAGGGCUCCCCAGCCUCUCCCAACGGGUACCCUCGCCGCAUCCAGUUGUCUCGAGCGUCUCCCCUGACCACCCAGAGUCCUCCGCUAGCCAGCCUACACGAUGCCAACUUUCUGAAUGAUGCUGACAUGGUCAUGAGCUUUGUCAAUUUAGUUGAAAGAGACAAAGAUUUUUCGCACCAGCGAAGGCAUUACAAAGAAUUCCGGUUCGAUCUUACGCAGAUUCCUCAAGGAGAAGCAGUGACGGCUGCAGAAUUCCGGAUAUACAAGGAUAGGAGCAACGGCCGGUUUGAAAAUGAAACGAUUAAGAUUAGCAUAUAUCAGAUCAUCAAGGAAUACACAAAUAGGGAUGCAGAUCUAUUCUUGUUAGACACAAGGAAGACCCAAGCUCUCGAUGUGGGUUGGCUUGUCUUUGAUAUCACUGUGACCAGCAAUCAUUGGGUGAUUAACCCACAGAACAAUUUGGGCUUACAACUUUGUGCAGAAACAGGAGAUGGUCACAGCAUCAACGUGAAGUCGGCCGGCCUCGUGGGACGACAUGGGCCUCAGUCAAAACAGCCAUUCAUGGUGGCCUUCUUCAAGGCGAGCGAGGUACUUCUCCGAUCUGUGAGAGCAGCCAACAAGAGAAAAAAUCAAAACCGCAAUAAAUCCAGCUCUCAUCAGGACUCCUCCAGAAUGUCCAGUGGUGGAGAUUAUAACACCAGUGAACAAAAACAAGCCUGUAAAAAGCAUGAACUCUAUGUGAGUUUCCGGGAUCUGGGAUGGCAGGACUGGAUUAUAGCGCCAGAAGGAUAUGCUGCAUUUUAUUGUGAUGGAGAAUGUUCUUUUCCACUCAAUGCCCAUAUGAAUGCCACCAAUCAUGCCAUAGUUCAGACUCUGGUUCACCUGAUGUUUCCUGACCACGUACCAAAGCCUUGCUGUGCGCCAACCAAACUAAAUGCCAUCUCCGUGUUGUACUUUGAUGACAGCUCCAAUGUCAUUUUGAAAAAGUACAGAAAUAUGGUCGUGCGUUCGUGUGGUUGCCACUAA